AUGGGUAUCCUCAGAAGAGAUGAUUUUGAAGACCUUUUAGGUGACAACUUUGAUAUCGCUGCAGAUUUCAAACAGUACACAGAUGCCAGCUACCUGGAAGAAGCGGUAGCUGCUGAAAAUGCAACCGAGUCUCUCAACCAAAGCUCAAUUUUCACCAAGAUAGCUCUGCCGCUGAAGCACACGUUUGAGCAAAAGGACGUGGUGGUACUUGUGUUUUUGAUUGUGUGUUUCCUGACUCUCUUGGCCGUGUUCAUUGGAGCCGUUUAUUUCGGUUACCGCGAGUAUAGUCUUCUACUCAGGCGCGUUAGUCUUUACGAGAAGAAUAUCAAGUCCAGCGAUGAGGAGAAGGACGGAGAGUCCAAGAGUAACAACCAGCGCAGCACGCACACGGGCCCUGCAUCGAGCCACCAGGUCAGGGGUUCGGCGUUCUCUUCGUCUCCCUACAGCGCAUCUUCCAACGGACACGGCGUGACCAGAAGCAGCCUGGUUCUUUCCGACAAUGUGAGACAACCAACAAGUUUGGCCAAGACUCCUCACUCGUGGAAACAUCCCCUUUCGAAGUUCUCCAAGCGUGAGAUCGACGAAGAUCUGUACAGAUCCAAUAGACUUUCUCCGGGAACACAGACUUCGUCUCCAAUAGACGGCGGAUACAUGCCGAGCUGGGGAUCAGUGAUUGAUUCAAGACUAUCGCCGAUCGACAUUGUUCAGGGAAGUAUUUCCCCAGAUGGUAUAAAAACUACACCGCCGCCAGAAACUGCGGCUGGGUUGAAUUACACUGAACACGGAUUGAACGAGUAUACAUUUACAAACGGGAACGGAUUGUACGGCGAAAUUCACGCUGCUGACAACAACAACAAUCAACAAAACUCUCCUGAGCCUGAAGAGUAUAGGGAGAUCAAGGAGCCUGAAAUUGUGUACACCAUGGUGCAACUUUACGAGCUCGAGCCGCUGGACAUGAUCCAGGAGUUUGCUGAGGGAAAGGACAAUAAGCUACUUUCCGUGGACAUGCUGUUCCCGAAACUGCCAAUCAACCCUGACAGCUCUGUGGUUGAGUACGAAAAGGAUCUCACCAUGAUCAGACUUAAUCUGCUCAACUCGUCACUGGACACGGCGUCCAAGACGAUCGAGUUGAUAAAACUCCUGACAAACUCUCUCGGAACACAGAAAUUCAACAACCCUCGCAUAUUCCUUAUGUCGUACGGCAUUCUUAUCGAGAAACUGGUCGAGUCUGAAUACGUCACCAAGCCAGGAAACGGAAUACCAACCAUCUUGAUCGGCGCGUUCAUUGAGGUGGUGGUCAAAUAUUGCGUUUGCUGCUGGAAGUAUUCAACGUCCAAGCACGUGAAACUUGAUAGGAAGUUUGCCGAGUGGAACAUGACGCCGUUUGUUCCGUCGCAGUUCAAAAUCUUCAAAUACAUAUUCACGCUGAUCAAGUCUGGACACAAAAUUGAGCUUCUUGGAGAAGUGCUCAUCUUCUUUUCGACCCCUCCGACUCCGCACAAUCUCGCAUACUUGUUCGUUGAAUCGGAGCUGGCCCAGUAUGAGAAUCCUGAGGUGUUGGAACUCUUGACGUAUCUGCAAAAACAGAUCAAUAAUGAACAUUUGGAGUGUUGCGGUACAAACUCGUACCUUGCGGGGAACUCUUCCCCAGAAUAUUCAGAUCUUGAAACAUUGUUGCAUUCUCGCGUCUCAAGAAAAUCAGAGAGCUUCAGACGUGCGCUUCCCGGUGCCUUCGCACGGGAACAGAAUGGCUCUCCAUCAACUUGA